UCUUCCAAUUGACGACGACGACGACGACCACUACUACCACCACUACUACGAUGGCCUAACAAUCACCACACCGACUCUCUUUGGUCUCUCUCUCUCUCCCUCUCCUUCGGCCACGGACUCCAUGACCACGCAGUCGAGCAGUCGAGUCACAGCACCCAGCCCUACCAGCCAUCAGCACAGCUAUCAGCACCACGACGAUUGUGGAGCCCACAUCGACACCACCUUGGCCUCGACUUCUUCGACGACUUCCAUCUUCACAAGAGGAAUCUCGAGGGCAUCGACUCAAAGCAACUCAGACUGGGAGUGGGACUGGGAUGGAAACCUCAGGACCAAGAACUCAGGACUAAGAGCUGAGAGCUCGGAAUACGGGGCUCGGAUCUCAGAGCUCAGAACUCAGAGCUCAGGAUUGAGAAUCCAGGAGUGAGAGCUUGGAGCUUAGAGCCAACAGCUCAGAGCUUACUGUUCACUGUCGAAUUAUGGGAGGGAGAUGGGGAGGGAGCGAGAGGGAGGGAAAGAGGGAGGAAGAGAAGGGCAUCUCAGACCAACUUCGCCCCAUCCCUCUUGCUACUACGAAUGAUCGAUGCUGAUGCUGAUGCUCAAGAAGAUGCCGAUGGCGGUGAUGGACCAUGGCGAUGGGCGAUGGUGG